AUGCAGGCUGCGCCGAAUUGGACUUUGCCACYGGGCAAUGCCAGCAAGACAACAUGYGCAGUGAACACGGCCUUCGCCCACCACUACCUGCCUGCCGUCUACCUGGUGGUGAUCCCGCUGGGGCUGGUGGGCAACGCGCUGGGGCUGUGGCAGCUCUGUGCCCGGCCGCGGCGCAGCGCCCUGAGCCUGCUCGUGGGCAGCCUGGGCCUGGCCGACCUGCUCUACGUCAGCACGCUGCCCUUCCUCGUGAGCUACUACGCGCAGAGCAGGCGGUGGGUGUUCGGCACCGCCUGGUGCCACCUCACGCGGAGCUUCUUCCACCUCAACCUCUAYGCCAGCAUCGGCUUCCUCACCUGCAUCAGCGUCCACCGCUACCUGGGCAUCGUGCACCCCAUGAAGAUGCGGGGCAGGUGCCAGGCUCUGACCUCCUCUCUGUGGCUCAGUGCCAUGGUCUGGCUGUGGGUCAUCGCACAGGUGGCUCCCGAUUUCACCUUCAGCAAAAUGGACGCAGCAGAGGCCAAGUGCCACGACACGACAGAUGACAAGAACCUGGACACUUACUUGCCGUACACUGCAGCGGUCACCGUGAUCGGCUUUGUCAUCCCCUUCCUCAUCAUCAUCGGGUGCUACGGGCACGUGGUUGUGGUGCUCUGCAGGAACAACACCGUGGAUGCCAACCUGCGGAGGAGAAGCAUCAGGCUGGUGGUAGUCGUGACUGUCCUCUUCGCGCUCUGCUUCCUCCCCUACCACAUCUUCAGAAACCUCAACCUGUUGUCCCGACGCUGGCAACACAAAGGGACCUGCACGCAGACCUCAAGGAACAUCUACAUCUCCUACCAGGUGACCCGCGGCCUGGCCAGCUUGAACAGCGCCUUGAACCCGCUGCUCUACGUGAUGACCAGCGAGGACGGCGCGUCCCUCGCGAGGACCCUCCGGCAAAGGGCCGGCCGCUCUCUGCGCUCCCUGUUCCGCAGCGAAGGCGGCCAGCACUCGGACGAGAGGAAAUUCAACUUCAUCCUCUGCGAGCAGCAGGUUUCCGAGGAGCUCUGAGCUCCCCAGGUACAGGCUGGGGACAGGA